GAACACAAACUGGGCGGGGCCACUAGCUGCUGCAAGAUCCUUGCAGCCAUUUUCACGAAAGUGUUGCGGCCGCCAUGACUGUGGAAGAUCCCGAAAAAACCUUCGAUUAUAAACACUAUAUUCUGCGUCUGCAGUCUCGCACCAGGUCAUCUGUGAAACCGCCGGGGACAUAAACAAAGCUGAGGGUAUCAAAGCUGUGUUGAGACAGCGUUAAACAUGAGACCGGAUAUAAUGUCUGUUAAGCGUCUCAUGUGUUGUUGAGACGUGUAAACCGUGAGUUUUUCUCCAGACUGUCAGUAUAUCAAAACCUUCAGCCAACGAGUGACUGAUGCUCCUAACUCUGGUUGCGGAGAAGGGCCAGUUGCGUUUCUAACCAUCAUGGCUUUUGUGAGCCUCUUCUCCAGUCCCCCAAGCCCCGCACUUGCCAAAAACAUGACAGACUGUGAGCUGACAGGGGAAGAAAGGGAGGAUGGUGAAUUGGAGGAUGGAGAAAUUGAUGAUGAAGGCAUAAGCAUAGAAGAAGUAAAGGAAACUAAGGAAGAGUCUGAAGCGGUCGAGAAAGACAAAGAGAAGGUAAAAGACGAGAAGUCACACCGGCAUUCGCGAAAGCGACACAGGAAAAUAAAAGAAAAGCGACGGUUGAAGAGGAGGAGACGAGACCGACAAAAGCAUCACUCUCCAUCCAGUGGCUCCAGCUCGGACAGCUAUGACUCUGAGCAUGAGCACCAAGAAAGACCUAAGAGCAAGAAGAGCAAAGGGACAUAUCGUGACCAUGACUCCGAGUUGGCUCAGCGGGAAAAUGAACCUGUUAAACCACCGAGAUCAAUGCAGCACAAAAACAGCGAUCUGGACAAAUACAGUGACUACAGUGAAGAAAAAUAUGACUAUGAUGACGAGGAUGAUUUCUCUGAGGAGUUGUCUAAAUACAAACAUGCUAAGGAGUCAUCUGGUCGUGGCAGAGGAGGGCCACCAAGGGACCAGGCCAAGAGACCAAUUAUGAAGGGACAACAACAGCAGUUUGGUGGGCAACGUGGUAGAGGUCGUGGUGCGCUUGGCAGGGGCGAGGAAUGCCCAACAAAAAAUAAGAAACAAAAGGGCAAGAACUGGGGCCGAGGCCGUGGUCGAGGAGGAGAGCAGGGUGGAGGAGACAUGGAAUCUAAAAGUCCGCCCAGUUUCCAGAAGAAGCGUCCAAUCAUGAGCCAGGAAUUCAUUAAUCAACAUACGGUUGAACACAAUGGGAGGCACAUUUGUAAAUAUUUCCUUGAGGAUCGAUGCAUCAAAGGGGACCAGUGCAAGUUUGAACAUGAUCAUGUUGUUCCAGAGAAGAAAAAGGAACUGUGCAAAUUUUAUGUCCAGGGAUACUGUACCAAAGGGGAUAUCUGUAUAUACAUGCACAGUGAGUAUCCUUGCAAGUUCUUUCACACCGGAGCAAAGUGUUAUCAAGGAGAUAACUGCAAGUUUUCCCAUGAGCCUUUAACCGAUGUUACCAAGGAACUUUUGGACAAGAUCCUAAAUACAGAUGAGGAAACUGUCAAUGAAGAUGAGAUGGAGUUAGCAGAUCUGAGAAAAACAAGAAUGCCCCCAUUGCCUAAACCCCCUCCCGGAGUGGGAUUGUUGCCGACCCCUGGGCCUGGAAGUCCCCCGGAUGGAGGAAAGAAGAUCCCCUCUCUGUUUGAGAUCAAAGUUCAGCCUACUGUGGACUUGGCACAGAAGAUUGCUCUAAGUGCGUCUCCCCCUGCUGGACAGUUUCAAGGUGUCCACAGUUUGGAAAGUAGCCCUGAGGAUAUGCAAACUGGGAAUAUGAUGUCUUCUCCACCCAAUCCUUCCCAUCCCCCUCAGCCGGGCUCCAUAAGGAGCCCUCCCCUACCGUUCACAGGUCCAGGAAUGCCCCAAAGUCCCUCCAGGCCAAACCUCCACCCCCAAGGCUUUGGUCAGUGCUCUCCAAUGCCACCUCCAGGCCAGCCGCCUCCUUUCCACGUCAACAUGCAGCACAUGAACCAUCCUCCAUUGAAUCACCAGGGUCUCCAUUUCAACCUGUGCCUGACAUGCAAAUUGAAAAUGCCUUUCCCAAACAUGGGCCAGAUGCCCUCCGAGUUCUCAAGAACUUGUUUAGCAGUCAGUCUCUGGCCCAAGGAGACGAGGGACCCAUCCAGGACUCCCAGCCACAUUGGUAACACUAAUUCCAGUGGGAUGCAGGACUUCCUGCCAGCUGUACAGAAGGUUUUGCUUUUACAUCUAAACCAGAACAAGCAAGACUCCGACUCCCAUAGGGACGAGGGAUGUGGACAAGGGUCUGCACCUCCCAACAGAGAGAAAGCCCGAAUUGAGACUCAACUGGCUGGAUUGUCCGAGGAGGGGGUCGCAGGCUUGUGA